GAUGUUAAGACAAUCGUAACAGUAAUUUUUUAUUUAAGCAGAGUUAAAACUCGUAUUUUGUGAGUGGUUUCAAAUUUAGUUAUUUUAUUAUUAUGUGAUUGUUACAGCGAAAUGAUUAUCUAAUAAGUGUCGAGCUCUUUUUAUUGUGCCAAAAAGUGAUUGAUUAUAUGCAAUGGAAUUUUCAUUUCUAAGCAAAACAAGCUAUGAUAAAGAUUGUAUAUAUAAUUCAAAUUCACAAUUGCACAAUUCGAAUGCGAAUCCCCGAAUUUCUGUGCCAAAUCACAUGGCCCAUUAUAAUUUAAUAAUUGACUCAAGCUAUAAGUUACGGGCCAAUGAGGCCGCAAUAAGAAAUUCAUUAAAUCAAGAAUCCAAUAUACUUUUUUCAAAAAUAACGAAUGUUGCCGAUCUUUAUCCUGGAACUCACAACAUUGCGUCCUAUAAUUCCGGAUAUCCACUUAAAUAUACUGACGAAUGUUCAAGUAUAAGCGAUAAAUCCAAACAAAGACGAAUACGUACAACGUUUACAUCAAGUCAACUAAAUGAGCUAGAAAAAAUAUUUUUGGAAACUCACUAUCCAGAUAUAUAUACAAGAGAAGAAAUUGCAUCAAAGUUGCAUUUGACGGAGGCAAGAGUACAGGUUUGGUUCCAGAAUCGCAGGGCGAAAUUUCGGAAACAAGAAAGGCAUGCCGUUUAUGUUAUGAAAGAUAAUUGUACCAAAAUGGAAAGGCGGCAAGAUGCAGUAUCUGGGACUCAAUGUUAUGAUGUAUUAAUUCCGGAAUCUCAAAAUUCGUGCCAAAGAAAAUGUUUUUAUAAUAAAAUAUAA